AUGGAGAGUGUCUCUACUCACAUGCCGUUGUGCCCGCGUACUGCCACAUUCCGCCACGAUCGUGCUGUCGCAGAGAAGUGGCCUGUGAUCUGCCUACUGGCUCUCGCCUUCGCCACCGCCAACGCCGGUCUUUUGCCACACCACGGCCACGAUACGCACAUCGUGGAAGGUGCCCACCAUGUUGACAUACCACAUGGCAGCGGCAUCCAUCUCGGCCACUCAUCCGCCAUCGUCAUCGACGCCGGCGGCGCUGCCGAACACAUCGAAUCGCAUCCGGUCUAUCACCAUGAUGAACACAGCGCUCAUGUCGACGUACACCCAAUAGUGCAUGACUCUCAUCUUCACCACGAUGUGCAUCAUGAUGUCCACCAUGACAUACACCACACCGCAGCUGCUGCCAAAAUUGUGCAUCACGAGCCCAUCCACCAUGUCGAGCCGGUGCAUCAUGUCACCAAAGUGGUGCAUCAUGAGCCACAUCACUUCCUGCACUAUGUCAAGCCGGUGAUUGAUCAUCAUGUCAUCCACCAGGACAACCAUCAUGAUGAACACUUCCAUGCACAUGAUUUGCAUCACGCUGAGGCCUAUCACGGCCCGCUGUUGCACCAUCACGAACAUGUCGCUCACCAUGCUCACUUGGUGGAUCAUCAUCACCAUCACGCCGCUUUGGUACACCAUGUGCCCGCUCACACACACUCCGCUGUAGUGCACAAAAUCUACCCAGGCGACGCGCAUCACGGCAGCAUUUUGGCCUUCGCCCGCCACGCCCUCCAUGGCAAAUACGGCAAAGUGAAGAUCACCGAGAAACUUUACUAAUCGAUUUCAUAAUGAAAAUUCAAUAAGAACAACAAUAACAAUAACUCAUCUAGCAACUAAAUCAACGCGAACCUAGUGAAAUGGUACAACGAACAAAACUCAUAGUUAAUUUAUUAAACGAAAGUGCUGCUAAAGGCACACAGAAACACAUACAUGCGCGCACUCACUCAUACAUACAUACUAUAUACAUGUGUAUAUUUGCUAUCAUUCAUCUGGCAUCUGUUGUCCAUUACUAGCAUUAUUUCAUUAGUUUAGUGGAGUAAUCUGUAUGAAUUUGUAAUUUUAGUAUAUUUUUCCUAACAUUGUGGCUUCUUCUCUUCGUCCUGUGAGUGUUUCCCAUAUAAGAGGGCAUAA